UUCGGCCAAAAUUGCUUGGCAUACUUUGGCUGCAAUUUGCAAACUCCCCAUUAGUAGUUACAAAGAUGUUUUUAAAAAUCUUGAGGAUGCGGACAAUUACUUGGAUUGGAGUCUUCAAGUGAAAACCAAAUUGGCAGAUCAACAACUCUGGGACAUUGUGGAAGGAAACGAUGAAGCUCCCAAAGCAGAAAGUGAUGAAGCAGCUUUUAAGGCUUGGUCCGAAAAGAAUGCCAUGGCUUUAGGAGUGAUCCGAUAUUCCAGCGAAGGCCCCUUAAAGUGGGCGAUUUGGAAGAUUACUUCUGCCAAAAUUGCUUGGGAUACUUUGGCAGCAAUAUGCACACUCCCCAAAAGUAGUUUCAUAGUUCCUGAGGAAUAUGAUUAUGUGGCUUGGAGCGUCCGGAUGAAAGCCUAUUUGAAGGCUUGCGAUCUUUGGGACAUCGUUGAAGCUGCCACCCAAUCUCCGAAACCCGAAGAUGAUGAAAUUGCCUUUAAUGCUUGGAGCAAGAAGGAUGCCAUAGCUUUAUAUUUGAUCAGGGAGUCGUCCUCUGCAUUUUAUAGCUCUCUGUUUCCUGCUGGAACUGCCCAAAAUGCUUGGGAUAUCUUGGCAAAAUUUUACAAUUCAGAAGGGAGAGAGAACAGUGAACUCCGUAAGUAUGUAUUAUUUAAGCAGUAUCUUCGUGACGGUAAUUGGGCCGCAGCAAAUCAGUUCAUUACUUCCAAUCCGGGGGCAGAGAGUGCAAUAAUUUCAAAUACAAGAAGUACAGCUUUACACAUUGCUAUCAUUGCUGGACAUCUGCAUAUUGUGAAGGAGUUGGUAAACAUGUUACCCACAGACAAAUUAAGAAUGACGGAUAAAGAUGGUAAUACGGUUCUUGGUUGUUGUGCUCUUGUUGGAAACACCGAGAUGGCAAAAUGCAUAGUUGAAAAGUGUCCAAUGCUACUUAGCAUUGCAAACGCAAACAAAUUUGACAAACUCAUUCCAGUCGUGAUGGCUCUUACUUGUAACUCCAAUUCAAUAGCUACGGCUCGAUAUCUCUAUUCUGUAACUCCUCCAGGAAGUCUAAGUCCUGGAAAGGGCAGUGUAAAUGGUGCUACGUUUGUUACUCGAUGCAUUUAUUCAAAAAAUUUUGAUAUGGCUUUGGAUGUGCUGGAAAAAUUCCCUACCUUGGUGACUGCUUUAGAUAUCGAGAAGGAGUCCCCUGUGCUGGCAUUAGCUAGCAUGUCUUUUCCAUAUACGAGUGAAAAUCAGCUCAUAUCUUGGAAACGAUGGAUCUAUAACUGUAUCCGCAUUCCCGGGGUUGAUGACAUCAAUCAAAUUCCUGUAAGCAUCCAAAAACCAGAAAAGGGAAAAAGUACUCAAGUAAGAAAUAUCGGAUUAGGAAUCAGACAAACAUAUGAUUAUGAACCGAAGCACCAAUACAAAAAACUUCUACUUCGCAUGUGCCAAGAGUUUCAGUGUUCAAGUGAUAAACAACUAGAAAAGGGUCUUGUUUACGAGGCCAUCUUCAAAGCAACCAAGAAGGGGAUGGUUGAGUUUGUUACUGCUAUUUGGAGCGCAUGUCCUGAACUUGUGUCGGCCGAGGAAGAGUUCACAUGGAGAAACCCAUUUAUGUGCGCCGUUCUGUACCGUCAGUAUGAAAUAUUUCGUCUUCUGUGCUGUUUUAGUUUAAAGGACUCAAUAUUAGCGGCAACAGAUGACGAAGGAAAUAACAUAUUACACAUGGCGGCGAUGACAGAACCUUCCGCCAGACGUAAUACUAUUCCAGGCGCAGCUUUUCAUAUGCAAAGAGACCUACAAUGGUUUAAGGAAGUGAAGAGCAUCGUCAGUCCUUCCUUAAUAGAAGCUGAAAACGACGAUGGUUUUACACCUCAAGAUUUGUUUGUAGAGAACCAUAAGGGCUUGGUUGAUCAGGCAAAAAAUUGGAUCAAGGAGACAACCUCUUCUUGUACAGUGCCAGCUAUUUUAAUUGUUAUUAUUAUGUUUGCAGCAGCAAUUACAGUUCGAGGUGGUGACAAUCAAAAUACAAGCUUGCCAGUGUACUUAAAGGAUAAGGUGUUUAUGCUCUUUAUGCUAUCCAAUGCACUGUUCCUAGUUUCUGCCACAACAUCAUUAUUGGUGUUUCAUACCAUCACAUCACGUAAUUUAGAGGAAGAUUUCCUUAUAUCCUUACCCCACAAAAUGAUAAUAGGCCUUUCAUCCCUUAUCUUUUCCAUAGCGCCCAUGAUGGUCAACUUUUGUACCUCACUUUCCAUUAUUCUAGACGGAAAUUUAUGGGUGGUCAUUCCUAUCAUUUGUCUUGUUGCUGGUCCUGUCAUCCUAUUCGCAUGGAAACAAGUUCACCUUCUUCUUGCCAUGGUCGCUUCAACUUAUAGACCAAGAAUCUUCGACAGGAAUGUGAAGCCUUGGAUGUAAGCUAUUUCGUUGUGCGUACCAUGUAUAACUGUUUCUUUAAUUAUUGGCUUAGGGCCAAAAAUUACUCUCUUUUUUUCUUAGAAAGAUAACUGAUGAACUUUCAGUUUGUGAUUGUUAUCAUGUGUUUUUCCUCCCAAUUUAGACCUUUUGUCUUUAAAUCAAAUAAAUCAUGACUCCAUUAUAUAUUUUCA